AUGGAAGCCUUGGUCUGUGCGUUCUCUGAGCUGCGCAUAAGAGAAGAUGCAGUGAGCUGGGCCCAAGGACACCACAGCCACCCCAACACACCAGCCAACAUCUACGAGGGGGGGCUGGGGCAGCAGCAGUGCCCCAGUGCCCAGGGAAGCAAGCCCAAGAACUUCCGGCUGCGCCACCUCCGGGGCCUGGUUCUCUAUCUACCGGGUCACAUGCAGCUCGCCAGCCAGUGUGAGAGCCACUGGCUGAGCCGGCUCAUGGCUGGGGGCUGCCUCCCACGGCCGGAAGGCAUGGCUUGGCCUUUGGGCCUGCCACAGGGGACUCUGGGCCCAGGUAACGGCCACUGCUCAGCCCUUCUGGAAGCUCAACUGUCAAGGGACAGCCCAGGAAAUACAGCUUCCAGUUCCAGCAUGGACCCAGCCAAGGGUGCUUCCUCCCUGCCCAGUCCCCCAGAAGGCUUGGGGCUCAGGCCCAAGAGGUCCUGGGGGGCCUCAGAGGAGUCUACAUGUCCACUGUGCAAGAGAACCCGCUCUGGGGCUCUGGAGAGGCCAUAG